AUGGUUGAAUUCGCCUAUGGAGCCCUCGCCGGUCUCAUUGUCGGCGUGGUUUUUGGGACUUUGGUCUUGGUGGCAAUUGGCAAGGAGGUUUUUUAUCGAAUCACCAAGCCACGAGAGGGACAAGGAACGGGACCAUAUAUGGUCGGCGGAGCUGGGACGGAGAUGGACACUUCGGGUGUGAGCGGGGGUGAGGGUGGAGAGUCUGGGGAGGAGGCUGGUGAUAUCGGUGGUGGUGACGGAGAUGCGGUGGUGGUGGAGCACGGAGAUGAGGUGGAUGAAGAGAGGGAGAUUGGUUUGUGA